ACAAGGAGGAGAAAAGCAGACAGACAACGUGGAGGCUGUACCCAAGGAAGUAAGAAAAAGUUUUGUCUCUAGGAUUGUGCUUGGAAUAUGCUACAAAAAUGUCAGAGAUAAAGAAGAAAACCACUAGAGUUUCUCUGACCAUCAGUUCCCCAGUUAAUGAAACCUCCAACAUCAGAUCAAGUUAUUCUACCUUAGUUCAACCAUUGUGUAUUGACCCCCAGAGGAUGCAGAGUCCCUGCAGCAGCCUGUCAGGAUCCACUUGCACUGCAGCCCCUGUGUUUACCCAGCAUCUUCAAGACAUCUCUACAACCAGAGGUCAAUUUGUCGUAUUUGAAUGCCGAGUCCAGGCCACAGCCGCAGUUCAAGUUCACUGGUACAGAGAGAAAGAGGAGAUAGCAGACUCAGAUGACUUCCGGAUUCUGAGGAAAAAAACUUGUUUAUCAUCCAUCCCCGAGGAAGUCUGUACCUUGAUUAUCACAGAAGCAUUUCCUAAAGACUCUGGGGAUUUCCAGUGUAUUGCAGAAAACGAGGCUGGGACUGCGGUCUCCACAGCAAGACUCUUUGUUUCCCCAGCAGGAAAAGAAGUGGAGAAAUCAGAGAUUUCUCCAAAGUUACCCACGUGGAAAUUUUCUCCAAAACUGGCCUCCUUUCCCUGGAGAAGUGACAGCUACACAAAGGACAAAAGUCCAGACAAUACCCCAAUAAACCUUAUGCCAACAAUUCCUGAACCAGCCAGUCACACCGAACAUGAUAUCCAGGCUCCAAAGGAGGAUUUCUACACCAUCAGUGAAAAUUCCUCUGAGCUACAACCACAAUGGAUAAGUAUACCUCCAACAAGCGCCUAUGACUAA